UUUUAUUCUCUUCUCUGAUUGGUUUUUAAGUCAUGAUGCAAGAGUCGGGGACAGAGGCGACAAACGGAACGGCCAAUCAGAACAGCGCCGCACCUAGUGUGGAGGGACACAGAGAAGUUCGAUCCAAGAGCGCCACUCUUUCCUCUGACAUCACAGUGUCUGACCUCGUCAACUUCCAGCAGCAGCAGGCCUUACAAGUUGCACGACAAAUCCUUCUCCAACAGCAACAGCAAAGCAGUGCCCACAAGUCCCCAAAAAACAAUGACAAGCAACCUGCACCACAGGUCCCAUUUUCUGUUGCUAUGAUGACACCACAGGUCAUAACUCCUCAGCAGAUGCAGCAAAUCCUCCAACACCAAGUUCUGAGCCCCCAGCAGCUCCAGCUGUUACUGCAGCAACAACAAUCACUGAUGUUACAGCAGCAGCAACUCCAGGAGUUCUACAAGAAACAGCAAGAACAACUCCACCUUCAGCUCAUCCAGCAGCAGCAUGGCAACAAACAGCAGAGUAAAGAGGUGUCUGUGCAGCAGUUGGCGUUCCAACAGCAGCUGCUCCAGGUUCAGCAGCAGCAGCAUCUCCUGAGCCUGCAGAGACAAGGGCUGCUGUCCAUUCAGCCCAACCAGACUCUGCCCCUGCACUCCCUCACUCAGGGCAUGAUUCCAGCCGAACUGCAGCAGCUGUGGAAGGAGGUGACAAACAGCCAUGUGAAGGAGGAGAACAGCGCGCACAAUAACAGUCACCGGGGUCUGGACCUGUCGUCCCCCUGCCCUGUUCCCCCCAAAAACCACAACCAGCAUGGAUCCACCAACGGCCAGUACAUCAGCCACUCGCUCAAGAGAGAGGGAUCAACGUUGGAUGAUCAUUCUCCUCAUAGUCACCCUCUCUAUGGUCACGGCGUCUGCAAAUGGCCAGGAUGUGAAGCUGUGUUUGAAGACUUUCAGUCGUUCCUGAAACAUCUGAAUAAUGAACAUGCCUUGGAUGACAGGAGCACGGCGCAGUGCAGGGUACAGAUGCAAGUAGUUCAACAGCUGGAACUGCAGUUAGCGAAAGACAAAGAGCGUCUUCAAGCAAUGAUGACUCAUCUUCAUGUCAAGUCUACAGAGCCCAAACCCGCCCCACAGCCACUGAACCUGGUUUCUAACAUCACCCUGUCCAAGACGGCUCCCGAGGCCUCGCCGCCCCUCAGCUUACCCCAGACGCCCACCACCCCGACGGCCCCCCUCACGCCGCUCUCACAAACCCACUCCGUUAUCACCCCCACCAGCCUGCACAGUGUCGGUCCCAUGCGCAGACGCUACUCGGACAAGUACAACAUGCCCAUAUCUCCAGAUAUUGUCCAGAACAAAGAGUUCUAUAUGAAUGCUGAAGUACGACCUCCUUUCACAUAUGCUUCGCUAAUACGACAGGCAAUACUAGAGACGCCAGAAAAACAGCUAACACUAAACGAGAUCUACAACUGGUUCACGCGAAUGUUUGCAUAUUUCAGACGCAAUGCAGCAACGUGGAAGAACGCAGUGCGGCAUAACCUUAGUCUUCACAAGUGUUUUGUGCGAGUAGAGAACGUUAAAGGGGCGGUAUGGACCGUCGACGAGCUAGAGUUCCAAAAGAGAAGGCCGCAAAAGAUCAGCGGAAGUCCAGCUCUAGUAAAGAACAUCCAUACCACUUUGGGAUAUGGUCCCGCUCUUUCUGCAGCCUUCCAGGCUUCAAUGGCAGAGAACAACAUACCUCUAUACACUACCGCUUCCAUCGGAAGUCCCACUCUUAACUCGCUUGCCAGCGCUAUCCGAGAGGAAAUUAAUGGGGCCAUGGACCACGGGAACAGCAACGGUAGUGACAGCAGCCUUGGACGCUCGCCCCUGCCAGCUAUGCAUCAUAUCAGCGUAAAAGAGGAGCCACUGGACCCCGAGGAGCACGAAGGUCCCCUUUCCCUUGUGACGACUGCCAAUCACAGUCCAGACUUUGACCACAACGGAGAUUACGAGGAUGACCACGGUCACGAGGACAUGCUGUAAGCCUGGUUUCUCCCAGGUCCUCUGCCGAAGAGACCAUACUAACUGCGCUCACCUGCGAGACCACUCCAGAUAUAGCAAGCCCAAGACUGGAUUCACAAUCCUCUUGUUGACAGCUAUUAAAAUGUUCUGAUAUACUUAGUGCCAUUAAAUACGAAACGAAAUACGAGAUAAGAAAAUCUAUUCCAUUUGGAAGUAUUUUUGAUUUGUUACUACUUUUCAGUUUAAAGACGAAAUGCGUAAAUUUCUACUCAUCUUCUCAUGAAGAGACGUUUGGUACUGGGGCCUGCUUCUACUUCCUUUUGGCAAAAGUGUCACUGAGACCAGAGCGGACAUGAAAACACAGCUGAGAAAGACUCAUUGCCCUCCGAGUCGAAUAAACACUGAUCACGAACUCUCACACACACAAAUCAUUAGCGCUUCGAUGAGCGUGCCACUCACAGUGUGCAUGUACGUAUGUGACUUUAAUUCAUUGUCUCUGCCUUCAGAUCUUCUCAAGAGGACGGUUCACCCAAAAAUGAAAGCUCUCUCGUCAUUUACUCACCCUUAGGUCGUUCCGAACCCGUGUGACGUUCUGUCUUUCGUGAAACACAAAAUGAUUCGUUUUGAAGAGUGUACUCGGUUGCUUUGAAAGCGAAUGCUCUCCCUGAGAGUUUAUGAGAGUCAACGGUGAGCGAAUCGUUCUUUUGAGUUGGAUCUUUUUAGUGAAUUGGUUGAUGAGGUUCAAAACAAAGCUGACUGAUUUUCAAGUUCAACUCACUGACUCAAACAAAGGGAAGGCUUAGAUUUUGGUUAGUUUUUUUACCCAAAUGUAUCUACAACUUCAGAAGACUUGAAAUAUAGGAAAACGGUAUAGAUCCCCUUUAUGUCACUCCACUCUGCAUUAAUUGUAAUUGCAUGAAAAAGAGCAGCUGGUGCACUCUUUAAAAUGUCUUUUUGUGUUUUUAUGGAUAAAAAGAAAGUCAUAUAGCUUUUGAACAACCUGAUUAUGACUAAAUGACAGAAUUUUCAUUUUUUAAGUGCACUAUUCCUUUAAAUUCGCUGUCAUCGCAGCUGGAGGAUAUCUGUCUGGUGUUUUGAGGGUUCCUGGGCGAAUAAUUUAAACGUAGUGUCCUCUCAUUACUCUGUGCUGUUAGCUAUGUAUCCUUUUUGCUGGGUUUGUUUGUUUUGGUAACUGAUCAGACCUCAUGAAUAAUGACGUGGAGUUAUGGUGUGCUUAGCACUGGAUGAAUGUUAAGGCUUCUCAUGCUCUUUUUUUUUUUUCUUCCCCUCUUUCUUUCCUUUUCGAAAUUGAAACAGAAUGUCGCAUUACCGUGUAGUAUUUUUCUGUCAUUUGUUCCUAGCGUUUCGGAUCGCCACUUUGCAGUCACAUUGCCCUUGCGUGCCGUCACACACACACACACACUAUCUCUGUCUUUCCCGCUCAUGACGUCCAUCUGCAAAUGCACUUACUCGUAAUGAAGGCUCCCUCUCCACGCUCCAAUGAAGUUUAAUUUUCACGUGGAAUGAAUGACAGAAAAAUCAACGCAGGUUAAUGUUUAUCGCUCUGAAAUUAUACUUUCAAAAAUCCCCUUUUGUGGUGAUGCAUGUUAGCGUCAACCAAAUCGCUGAUCGAAACCAUCAUCUGUAUUGCAAAAUGAAAUGUCAAAAAAUGUUGAAAUAAGCACCAGGGAGAGGAUUGUUAGACAAAAGCUAAUCGUGAUUCCUGAACGUUAUUGACGGCAUACAGGAAACUUUAAAUUUUUUUAUUUCUGUCAUUUCAAAGACUGUCUGGAUGACUUUUAAACUGCAUUCCCUCUAGUUUCAAUAUCAGUUUCACCACAUCAAUGACCGGCUCAGCCUCUGUUAUUAGACGUGAUAAUAAUUACAAACGGGAUAAACGUUAAAGGGGUUAUGAACUGAGGCUGAUGGCACAGCCAUGACCACUGAGCAUUACAGCACUGGGGCAGCCCACUAUGGCCAUUCGCUUCUUGCCACAUCGCAAUUGUUUCCGAUAUAGGAAAUCCAAUCCACGCAGGCCAUUUGAACCCGGAAAGCAACUCCGAAUUGGAAGCUGCUAUCGCCGGCUAGCUUAGAUUGAAAUUUUGGGAACAGACUUUAGAUUAGGCUUCUACAAAGCGAUUGCAUUUUGUUUUUCGAAUGACUGCAACCAACCACUUUCUGUGUUCUUAUUUAUUACUUCCAUUUUUAUUGUCAGUUUGUUUUUACUUAAGUUGAUGUUUAUGUCUCUUAUCUGUGACUACCAAAGAAGCAAGAUACUACAAGCUGAUAUAUUCUAUGUUCCAUGCAAUAGCUAAACAAAAGGCCAAAUAUCCUUAUAGUGUUCCCCGCACUGGCCGGACGCAAAAAUUAUGAAAUGUCUGUUACUGUGUCAGGCUUAUUGUGGUGAAGAAAAAAAAAAGCCAAAGGGUUGUUCGAUGGGCAGCUGUAUGUCUUUGCCUGUGACCAAAAUAGUAGAUCGAGACCAACACACGACCAAAUCAAAGCAAUGUUGUCUUUGGGCCAAUGAAAAAGAAAAAAGGGAGUGUUCUAUUAGGAAAUGAUGGCUAUAAAGGGGAAGGAUAUGGAUGAAAGAGUUUAGGACUGUGCUCACUGUCGUCACAGGAAAUUUAAAUCCAGGAGGGGGAAAACAUUUGCAUAACACAAUGUGAACUGAACUUUAAACUGGACCACACAAUGAUGAGUUGACCCCACAAUGAUGAGUUUCAUUUUUUUUAAUUCUUUAGAUUUUUUUUUUUUUUUUUUGCCAUUUUAUUCUUUGAAAAGAUUGUAUGCCACUUACCUUGUAAAUUCGAAACAGGAUUCCCGAUGUCCUUUUGUUAACCUUGGCAAUGCUCUAUGAUUGUGUUUUAGUGUCUGUCAACAUAUUACUUUUUUUAUAUUAAAAAACACUCCUGUCAACCAAUAAGCUGGGUACAAGGUACUUUAAUGGCAGUUACUACUAUUUGUAAAUUUAUCCAAGCAUUUCGUAUUGAUGAAAAGGGUUCACUGAAAUGAAUAAAGCAUCCGGGCAGCUGCAGUGGGACAGAUUCGGGGCUCUUCUGAGGGCCGUUUCUGAUUGUUAUUCUUGAGCAGGUAGAUGAGACCAUUCACCGCAUGUGUAGCUCGGCAUUACUGAAGAAAUACAGCAUGAGAAACUGUUAAUAUGCAUACCUCAGUUCAAACCUCUAGGGAAUGAGUAAUUAAGAAAAAGAUGUAACAUUUCACUCAGUUGCACUUAGUCGUAUGUCUUGCAUGUUUAGUCUAAAACUGUAGCAAACUAUUUUAAGAAAAAGAUUUUUAAAAAAUAUAUAAAAAUCAGAGCUUGUUUAUCAUGAGGGUCUCUCUUUUUUUCCUCUUUUAAACCAAUCCAAACCUCAGGCUUUUUUUUUAUCGUUAAGAAACGCCACUCGGCUUGCUUCGAUAUGAUCUCUUCUUCGAUUUAUUUUGCUUCUCACAUGCGGUAAACUGUUUCCUGUCUCUGCUCUUUUAGCUCAUGUUGAAGUAGGUUGUACAUACACCACAUUAUAGCUUGUGUGUCCUCUCAUUUUCUCCUGAUUCUUUUCAGAGAACAAAAAAAAUACUGUUUGUAUCACCAUGUUUGCUUUAUCACAACUGCUUUGUAUUUACUAUUAAAAAAGACGGAAAACACAAA